UCAAAGCUACUCUAAAUUAGCCAAAUAAAACUGUUGACAGGCAAAUACACAAUCAGUUCCUUUUCUUUUUCUUUUUUCUCCUUUUGGUUGACCUAGCUAACCGUAGUUUUUGUAAUUACUUUUCGUGACCUUUAACCUCGCACGUUCUCCCGUAUUUACACUCGUACCUUACUGUGUACUAAUACUGUAGCCAUGCUGAAUCAAGAUACGAGUGAGGACACGUUGUUGACAGUUCUGUGUUAUGUGUGUGUUCGUCGCGGUGUUCACUUUAAAACUUGUAGUUAAUUUUAGUUGUUUGCACAAAAUGGGGACGUGAUUACGGUGUGCGAUGCGCACAAGUCUUCCUUCUUAGCUUGUUGAGAUUAGAGGAAAGCUUUUUUUCAGAUAUGGGGGAAACGUAGCGAAAGAAACUGUGAAAAUGAUGUCCGACACGGAUCGGCUGCGGCUGGCGGACAAUAUUGACCUGGAAGAAAACAGCUUGGAGAUGAGCGCCUCUGGUGAGCACGAGGUCCGAGUGGAACAAGAAGACAUCGAUGCCGCUCUAAACAAGGAGAUCGACACUUACUAUGAAGAUCAGUUGGUGGAUAUUCCAGACGCGGACAAUACAAAGUUCAGUUUCCGUAAGCUGUGGGCAUUCACAGGUCCUGGGUUUCUGAUGAGCAUUGCUUACCUGGAUCCAGGUAACAUUGAGUCUGAUCUGCAAUCCGGAGCUGUGGCCAAUUUCAAGCUGCUGUGGGUACUACUGGCAGCCACAAUCUUGGGUCUACUCAUGCAGCGAUUGGCUGCAAGACUUGGUGUUGUCACGGGGAUGCAUUUGGCCGAAGUCUGCAACAAACGCUACCCGAAGUGGCCCCGAAUAUUCUUGUUCAUAAUGGUGGAAAUUGCAAUUAUUGGAUCUGACAUGCAAGAAGUGAUAGGAACGGCUAUUGCAUUUUAUCUUUUAUCCAAUGGAAAAAUCCCACUGUACGGCGGUGUCAUAAUCACAAUAGCAGAUACGUUUACAUUUUUAUUGCUGGACAAAUACGGUCUGCGGAAACUCGAAGCUUUCUUUGCCGUGCUCAUCACUAUAAUGGCCGUCACAUUCGGAUAUGAGUAUAUCGUGGUUGCUCCCAGCCAGACCGAGGUAAUGAAGGGGCUGUUUUUCCCGUACUGUGAAGACUGCGGAGCCCCCCAGCUCCUCCAGGCCGUCGCCAUCAUCGGUGCCGUCAUCAUGCCUCAUAACAUUUACCUGCAUUCAGCUCUGGUUAAGUCGCGUAAGAUCGAUCGCUCAAAACGAGGGCAGGUUCGAGAAGCAAACAUGUAUUUUUUCAUUGAGGCUGCCAUUGCUCUGUUCGUCUCAUUCGUCAUCAACGUCUUUGUAGUAUCUGUGUUUGCUGAGGGCUUUUAUGGAAGAAAUUCAACUGAAAUAUAUGACCAGUGUUUGGAAGCAGACAAUCCACAUGCUGAUGUUUUUAACACCACUGAAACAGCUGUAGAUCUCUUUAGAGGGGGCGUAUUCCUGGGCUGUCAGUUCGGUAUUGCAGCUAUGUAUGUGUGGGCUGUGGGCAUUUUAGCCGCAGGUCAAAGUUCAACCAUGACAGGGACCUACACUGGGCAGUUUGCAAUGGAGGGUUUCUUGGACUUGAAAUGGAAAAAGUGGCAGGUGGUUCUGGUGACCCGGUCUGUUGCCAUUUUACCUACGGUGUUUGUGGCAGUGUACCGCGGCAUCACCGACCUUACAGGGAUGAACGACCUACUGAAUGUACUCAUGAGUCUACAGCUGCCAUUUGCACUCAUUCCCAUCCUCACUUUUACCAGUUCUCCCUCCGUCAUGAAAGAGUUCUCUAAUGGGAGGGUGAUGAAAGCCGUGGCGAGUAUACUGGCCUUGGUUGUCAUAGGGAUUAAUCUGUACUUCGCUGCCAUCUACAUACCAGAGUUACCUCCCCAUUGGUGGAUGUACCUCAUCAUUGGCAUCAUCAUUUUUGUAUAUUUGGCAUUUUUGAGCUAUCUGGCAUGGUUUGCCCUGGUUGCUAUGGGCUUCCCCUUUGUGGGAAAAUGUGCUGAAAAAUAUGAUUUAGCAGGUGAUGUAGACUUUUUAAACGAAAUGGGCCUCAUGAGCGAGUUCCAAGAUGAUCAUCCCACCACGGCUUACCAACCGCUUCUCUCCGAUGAAAACACCUGAAGUUACCUCCCUUGCUCAACCUUCCCUGACCUCUGAACCUAUAACCCCAAACCUCCAGGUUGGCGAUCGCCUAUGACUGUCGUUUGUUCACGUCCUACAGCUGCAGCCUUGAUAUGGCUCAGAUGACAUCUCACCUGCAUUCUGACUGGUCGAUUUUUUCAGGAUCACAAAACCGGCUAUUCGUUGGACAGUUCGAUCAGUGCAUCAGAUGGGAGUUCGAUCAAUGCACAGAAUGGAAAAUCAUACUCAUCCACAGAGACAAUUUUACGAGAGAAGUAGAGAUUGGGGUGGUUGUAUGUUGUUUUAUUAUUAUAUUUAUUUUAUAAAGAGGUUAAUGUCAAACACAUUAUUAAUCUGCUAGUCAUCAUGGUUAAUCAUGCUUGAAAGCAUUUGGACUGAAUGCUUGCUUGCUGUCAUGAUACGUGAAAGUUCUUUGUUUUAUGUGGAAUUAACCUUCCUGGAGCAGAUUUACAUGCAUCUACGUAUUAAUUAACAUACCUUUAUUUACACAAUUCUUUACUAAUAAGGCAUUUAAUUUUCACAAUGUAUAUUUACUUGUCCUUGUUUCCAUCUACAAGAAUCAAGGAUGUUUGUAGUAAUUGACAUGCAUUUGUACGCAUGUGGCACACCUGGACAUGCAUGUGACACACCUGGACAUGCAUGUGAAACACCUGAAUGUGCAUGUGACACACCUGGACAUACAUGUGACACACCUGGACGUGCAUGUGGCACACCUGGCAUGUGGCACACCUGGACAUGCAUGUGACACACCUGGACAUGCAUGUGGCACACCUGGACAUACAUGUGAC